UCCUCCAUUGACGCAUUGAUGUCACGUUUAUAGAGGCUCAUAAAUGACAUAAAAACAUUGACGGAACAGCUAAGCUAUUGCAAAAGCUGCUGGUUAUAUGGCCUGCGUUGUCUUAAUUGCCGCUUGUCAGCAGGGGAACUCUGCUGAAAAGUAAACUACUUAACCCACAGUAGCUGCUCAGUCUGACGAACUUACUUAGUGUCUUUCAGAACUGGUCCACAAUGACCUCCUCAGGCUCAUCAGUUGGCCAAAAUCAGCUGCAUAGGAUCAUCAGAGAUCUCCAUGAUGCUGUUUUUCAGCUGAGCCAAGAGCACAAAGACCUCGCCGAGCCCGUGACCGACGACAGCACCAACCUGCGCAAGUUUUUCUACAAACUCGAAUACCUGCUACAGUUUGACCUGAAGGAGAAGACAACCUUUCUUGGCCAGAGAAAAGACUACUGGGAUUACUUCUGCGACUGCCUGAUUAAGAUCAAGGGCGUUAAUGAUGGCAUCCGUUUUGUAAAGUCUAUCCCCGAGUUGAAAACCUCAUUGGGCAAAGGAAGAGCCUUCAUUCGCUACGCGUUGGUUCAUCAACGACUUGCCGACACACUCCAGCAGUGUCUCAUCAAUGAGAAAGUCACAAGUGACUGGUAUUACGCCCGGAGUCCCUUCCUCGACCCAAACCUGACCUCAGACAUCAUAAACCACCUGUACGAGCUCAACCAGAUCCAAUUUGACGUUGCAGCUCGGGGUUACGAUCUGGACAUUGAUUGGCCGGCCUUUGCUAGACGGACGUUAGGGGCCGGCUCAGCAUCACUCCUGUGGAAACCCCCCAGUCGUUGCUCCAGCAUCAACAGUCUGAUCCAGUCACAGGAGGUCCGCGUUCCAGAUUUGAAUCUCCGUGGGGAUCUUGCACAAGCAGAACCAUCCCUUCGCAGUGUUGCAGAGAAUCUGCGCCUUGAGCUCGACCAAUCUGAGGUCAGGCAGCAAGAGCUUCUGAGACAGGUGGAGGAAUUAGGCAAAGAGCCGGCCCAUCUGAAAGAUGUGGUUAAGAACCUUAAGGAGCAGUUGGUAGCAGCUCAGAAAACUACCAGUUUGCCGAAUCCUUCCGCUAGCAUGGACGUCCGUAACCACUAUCAAACAUGUUGGGAUGAAAAAAACUGUGAACUUCAAGACAGACUUGCAGCCACUGAGAACAAAAAUAUGGAGCUUCUCUCUAAGCUGGAUGAGACUAUAAAAGAAAAGGGCAAACAAACAUCCAGUUUUUGCGAAUCAGCCUGGAAGAUCCAAGAACUCCUGGAGAAACUUAAGUCAACAGAGGAGAAGAGGCUGGAGGCCAAGAGAGAGGCUGAGGACCGGGCCAGGUAUUGUGAUCGUGUGUCUCAGGAGCUGAAAUUGAGGGAGGAGGAGUUGAGGACCUGCACGGAGAAACUGGCUGACGUUAAAUCCCGUGGCCAGGACGAGCGAGCUGAGACCCUCAAGCGCUUGGAGGAGCUCCAGGGUGCCGUCGGUCGCAUUCAGGGCGCGUUGACGCUGAAAGAGAAGGAGAGCGGCAAUUUACGAGCGCAGCUUCAGGGUUUGCAAGCCUCGCUAGAGUGUCGAGAACGCCAAGCAGAUGAACUGAGACGGAGGCUGCAGGAGGAGCGUGACGAGAUCGAGCGCAGAUGUACCGAUAGAGAUAGCCAGAAUGAAACGCUGGAAGUUCAACUGCUGGACUUACGAAAAACCCUAAAAAGCCGAGAGAGGGAACUUUCUGUUAGCUCAGAGAAAAUCAAGCAUUUGGAAGAACAUCUGGAGAAGGUAAACAUGGAGAAAGAGAGUUUGAGUUUUAGACUCGAGGACAUCGAUCUGAAUGCCAGCGUAGAAACCGGAAACCUUGAUAACUGCAGAUCUCAGUGCUGCGAACUUAAGGGUAUAAACACUGCGCUACUGCAAGCGGUCAAAAAGAGUGAGGACAGCGUCGUAGAGCUGACUCAGGGAAGGGAAGCCUUGUUAGACCAGCUCGCCAUUCUGAGGGCUUCUGAGAAGCACCUAAAGGGAAGGCUGGAAGCUGCCGAUUUGUGCACUGAAGACCGCGAGAAGAAGUUUCUGGAUGAAAACUGCCAUUUGGAGGAGCUUGUCCAGAAGGCUCUUCUUGAGAAACAGCGAUUGGAAGCUCAACAGAAGAGUGUGGAACAGGAAAAUUUGGACCUCCUUGAAGUUCAGUCCUCAUUGAAAAAACAACUCACUGAGGCUCAAGAGGAGGUGGACUUGCUUAACGCUAAAGUGUCCAACCUGGAUGAGAACCUCACAGGAUCCCAAAAAAGCCAUGCGGAGCUGCUGAUGAAAUUCCAGCAAAUGGAAGUCAAGCUCAAAGACCAGACAGCUAAAUGUGGUCUUCUACAGGAACGUGUUGAGGAACUGGAAAGCAGGACCUCAGAGCAACAUGAUGAAAAAGGAGCGGCGGAGAGCAAUGAAAAAACACCAAAGCUCCACGAGGAACAUUUAACCCCUGAUAGCAAAGAGGCUCCGUUCAGGCUGGUGAUUGCUGAGGCUCAACUGGAGCUCAACCUUCGGGAGGUGCAUCGACUUAGGGAGGAGGUGGUGGAGCUCAGGGCUCAACUCCUGGCUGGGACGGAGGAGAAGAUGAAAGCUCAGGCCUUUCAGGAGGUGACCGAAGCGUCCAGAGAGGACCUACGAGUUUUGGUGGAACAGCUCAAGGGUCAAGUGGAGGAGCUGAACCGGCAACACGUAGAUGAGAUCCUGCGUUCUCGUGAGCGUGAGGAAGCGCUGAUCCGGGAGCGAGACUGCGAGGCCCUAGCUCGGGCAGGCCUGGCUGCCGAGGUGACGGCUAACAAGGAGGAGCUGCACAUUCUCAAGCAACGCUAUGAUGCCUUGUGCCUGGAGAACAGCGAGUCCGGGGAGGCCCUGCACCGAGCCAACACCGAAACCGCUGAGCUCGGAGUUCGAGUGUGCACACUGACGGCCGAGAACGAAGAAGCUCGUCUGCGAUUGGAGACCCACUCCAAGAGGCGGCAAGCGCUGGAGGAGGAGGCCGCGCAGGAGGCGACCAGGAUAGAUGCUUGCACGGAGCAGCUCCGCCAAGAGAAUCAGCAACUCGUCGGCAAGCUCCGUCACCAGGAUGACCUUUGGGCCAUGACGCAGAAGCUGCAAGAGGAGCUGACCAAAGUCCAAGAGGAGGCAGAGGUGCUGCAGGAGAAGAGCCGCCAAGAGAUCGAAGCGCUCCGGCUGGAGCUCAGCAGCCAGGCCAUCAGUCACAGCAGUCAACUGCAGAGUGUCAACGAAGAGUUGAUGGAUGAGAGGUUACAGAUGAUGAGCGAGCAGGAGAAAGCAGUCGAAGUAGAAAAGCAACUCAAGCGCUGGAAGACUGAGGUGCAACGAUACCGGCAACACCUUGCUGAGAAAACCAUUCAGUUGGCCCAGUCGGAAAAUCUCCUUCAGCAGAAAGAGGACGAGCUUAUCCAACUGAGAAAGAAUUUAUCAAGAUGCCAGGAGGAGCUUGACAUGACUCAGCGGGCUUGUCAGGAGCUGAGGGACACUCUGAGGAAGGUCACGCUGGACAAGCAGAACUUAGAUCUGAGGACGGCAGCCGAACUGGACGACCUCUAUCGCACCAAGGUCAACCUGGAGGAAAGGCUGGUGGAGCUCAUCAGGGACAAAGAUGCGCUGUGGCAGAAGACGGACGCGUUGGAGUUUGAGCAGAAACUGCGCGACGAGGAGACGGAGCGUGACGUCAACUACUGCCUGGGCUGCCACACGCCGUUCGGCUGGUUGCUCCGCAAGCACAGCUGCAGAUCUUGUGGCCGUCCCUUCUGCCAUUAUUGCCUGGCCAAUGCAGCUAGUUACCAGAUGGGCGGUACCAGAGAGCUCUGCUGCCGGGAUUGCCGUAACCAGGUCAGUGGAGAGGAAGAGCGCCCCCCGCAGGAGGACACCUUUACCAGCACGCCGGGCUCUGCGAUCGGCCGACUGCUGCAGCCUCUGAGAGCCGUGACGAGCCUCUUGGGAGUGGAUGAAGGCGACAAGCAGGAGGAUGGAAUAUUUGACAUCAUCACAGAGGAGGAAGUGAGCGGCAUCUCCGACGGUGACUCGUUUGUCACCGCCUGCUCUUCUGGACAUGGACAGGAGGAGGCAACACAAUUAAGCUGCAGCAGUGCCAGCACAGGAGACUUGUCGUCGGAAGUCCUCGAGGAUCAGCGUGGCGCCAUGCAGGAUGCAGAGAUCUGCCUGCUCAAGUCAGGAGAACUGACGUUGACGUCUUGCUUCGCAUUGGACGACAUAUCGAGUUUUGGCGACAGCUCGAGGGAGCUCUUCAUCAAGUCCAACUGUUACAGCACUGUGCCCAUCAGCGCCGGCUGGUCGGGCGCCACCGUCUGCUGGACGUUUACCUCAGAACCCAAAGGCAUUUCCUUCAGUGUUGUUUUCCAGGAGAGUGCACAGACUACAUUGGAGCAGGCCAAGGUCUUGAUCCCACUGACUCGCUGCAACUCCCAUAAGGAGACAAUAAGGGGAGAAAUGAAAGUUCGAAAAGCAGGAGAAUACAUACUCAUCUUUGAUAACUCCUUUUCGAGGUUCAUCUCCAAGCGGGUGAUGUAUCAUCUGGCUGUGGAUGCCCUCCCUUGAGAGGGAAAGUAAGUCAAUCAGGUGUUGAUGCGUCCAUCGGUGACGUCGGGAGUGGAAGGUAACAUGAAGCAGUCUGCUUUGACGCACUUUAGAAAUGAUAUGGACUAAGCAAAAUUAGCUGAUGCAAUCAUAGGAAAACUGGACACAAUAGCCGCAACUGAUUACACUGUACAGCUGUAUAUUUUUGUGGUUAACACGAGUUAAUAUGAUUUGUUGUGAUAUUAACCAGAGUAUGGCUUUUUAAGAUACCACACGUUUCUCAUCUGCUGUUUGUAAUUAAAUAAUAAGCCUUUUUGGGGGAAGUUGCAUAUCGUCACCAUUCUAAAUUAAUGGCCCAACUGGUUUUCAGUUUUUCAGAAGAAACAGAAAACUGAACCAAAUAAAGAUUGUAUUAUAUUUAAUAAGAAUUUUAUGGUAGUGGUCAAAUUGAAUUAUCUGCUUAAUGUAGCCAAUUUUAGGUGGUCAGCAUCCAUAGGAAAUGUUUUUAAAAAAAUAAUAAUUUUGUCAAAAUAUGAUUUAGACCAUCAUUUUAAGAGGAUGACAAUAUUGUUUUUAGUGGUCGCUUUGAAAAAGACUACUGUUCUCACUUAGAAUGGGAACGUUUUCACUCGACUGUUCGUCGAGAAUCCUCACAUUUCAGUGAAUGCAACUUAUAAUUGUCACAGAGAUUUCUGUUAUCAUCUUGAUUGUUCCUUAAAAAUAAUAAGAUGAUCCUUCCAGCAAAUAUAUAUGUUGUCGAAUUAACUUAUUCAUCACAUUGAUGAAAAAAAUUGUUUUUCAUUCAAAUGACCACAAACGCUAUGGUUUUGAUGUCACACAAUUGUAUUUUAAGCCUUUAUUUCACUAACGCUGUCCAAAUCGUGUUCUUAAGAUACAUUUCUCUUUGGUUGCCUUUUACUAUUGUCAAAAGUGAUUGGAAGCGGGACGGCAUAAUGAAAUUAUGAGGACAUCUGCAAAGAUGAUGCAAUACUAUAUAUUUGUAACAAUGACCAACUAUUGGUCUAGUAUGUUUCUCAGUGCAACUAUUAAUAGAUGAUGCCCCGCGCCAUGCAACUAUUAUGAAACCCCGCAAUGAAACGGUUCUCAAUAGAUAUUAAAACCCAGUGUAGUUCUGAAGUCUCUGAACUCAGGUGGAUCAACAAUUAGUUGGCAGGGCAGCAGCACAUGCGUCAGCAUCCCGGAAAAGGCUUUGGCUGAUCCGAUCAAGGAUGAAUCUCACAGGUAGAAGCUGUUCUUAAGAAGAUUCCUUGUUAUUGUUGAUGGCAUGUGAGCAAGCAUUGAAGCAUGAGACUUAAGACUCCUUUCUUGUCUGACAUUCAAGUUGGAUCCACCAUUGACAAAAUUGCUAAACUUAGGUACUGACACAGAAUUUAGCCAGUUUUUAACCCAAUUCUAUGUUUGGGCUCUUAGUUGCUUUGGUUGGUUGUUAUACUGUGAAGAUCCUAGAAACAUAGUUUGGAGGAUAUGUAUUUGGACUACAAUAGCCUCCAAAAAGGUAGCGUGGUACCCCAGAAAAGUGGUUGGAGGAGGAUCAUAAAAACCUACUGCAUAAUGUGCUUUCAGUAAUUGAACAAAAACCUGAAUUUACUUUUUAUACUGGUUUAUAUUGCAAUUUUUUUUACUGACUAAAAUAACACAAAGCAAAUUAAGAAUCUAAAUGUCUCAUUGUUCAACUACUGUACUUUGAAAUGAAAGUAUUUUUUGUACUCUAUUCAAUACACUAUGCUGUAUAUUGCCAAAUAUAUUGGAGAAAUGUGAAUUGUAACAUUGGAAAUAUUCUAUUGAAAUGAAUAAUGCAUUUUUAAAGACGUUCAUUUUGCUUCUGUGACAUGACGUCGGCACGUUUUCUUUCUCUUCCCUGUUACCACUUGUUGUGCUACUUUACAGAGGUCACACAGGACAUUUUAAUCAUUGUUGACUGGAUUGAAAUGUUUACAUACUGAAUAUUUAUUUUAGGAUGUAUUAAUAAAAAACAUUUAAGCGUGC